AUGGCUCACCUACAUGGAGAAGCGCGCAGCGCCGACGACAAGCAACCCAUUGACUUUCUUAGCACUGCGGCUGCUUCGUCGGGCGCAGAUACUCCGGCUGGACCAUCCCAUCGAGACGAGGACGAGGAGCAGGAGGAAUACGAUGUCGAGACGGUCGAGAAGGUCUACCGAAAACUCGACCUUCGCAUCAUUCCAGCUUUCUGGACACUGUAUUUCCUCUGCUCUGCCAUCAGGUCCAACAUUGGCAUCGCCCAAACCAUGAACGCGGCGCAAGGUCAUGACUUGAUGUCGGUUCUCGGUCUGUCGGCACGGGAUACUUCGACCGCGCUGGCUCUUUUCUACGUCGCCUAUGUCAUCUUCGACUGUCCCUCGAACCUGGUCAUGGCCAAGCUGAGCCCCCGAAUCUGGAUGGCUCGAAUCGUCAUCGCCACUGGCAUCAUUGGCACCUGCUUCGCUGCUGUACAGAGUGCCUGGAGUGUCAAGUUGCUUCGGUUCUUGCUGGGCGUAGUCAUUGCAGGCAUGUGGCCGGGAAUGUCCUACUAUCUGACCCUGUUCUACCCGCCUUCUCGGACCGGCAAGAGAAUCGGCAUGUACUUUACGGCUGCCCAGCUUUCGGCUGCCGUCGUGGGUCUCGUAUCUGCCGGCUUCCAGCUCAUGGAUGGCCUUGGAGGUCUGGUUGGUUUCCGCUGGAUGUUCCUCAUUUACGGACUCGUCGCCAUCGUGCUUGGGUUCUGCCUGCUCUGGUGGCUUCCCGACCGCCCCCUUCCUCCUGGACAGAAGCGUCAAAGGUCGGCCUGGCUGAAGUGGCUUCCACCCACCCCGGAAGCCCUUUCGGGCCAGGACGCCGUCAUUCACUACCAUGACCUUCGUCGGGUCUACCAUCCGAGACCCUGGACCCUCAGGGACCUCGUCAGAGUCUUGAUCGACUGGCGUCUCUGGCCUUUGACUUUCAUGUACUUCGGAGUCGUCGGCGUCGGCAUUGGCACUCAGCUUUACGGCUCCGUCAUCAUUCGUUCCAUUGUGCCCACGGCAUCCAGCAUCCAAGUCAGCUUGCUCUUCGCUCCUAUCUGGAUUAUGGAUCUGAUCGCCAUUCUGCUGGUGAUGCCACUUUCGGACCGCUUCCACGGUCAUCGGCCAUUCAUCUUCUCGGCCGCCGUGUGCCUUCAGAUCACCGGACUGCUUGUCGUCACUUUCGCCCUCGACAACGGAUGGGCUCGGUACGGCGGGCUUCUGAUGGUCGGCUUUGGCCUGGGCCCAACAGUCCCCAACUGCAUGACUUGGACAAACGAGAUUUUCCAACGCCGUCACGGCGAGGUUGGAGUGGCGGCUGCUACUGCCCUGGUGUCCGGCCUCGGAAACCUGGGAAGUAUCGUCACCACCUACGCGCUUUACACGGGAUGGCCGGAGGACGCUGCCAAGGGCCGUUACCAGUACCGUCGCAGCAACUACGCAAUGAUUGGCAUCCUUUGUCUAAGCAUCCUCAGCAGUUUUGCCAUGUUCUUCCUGUUGAAGAUUUUCGGCAACAAGCCCGCGGCCAAGAUGUCGAACCACGACUCCUCCAGCGAGAUCGAGGACGGUGCCGCGAGGCGUGAGGCCCGGGAACGAGGCUUCGGCAAGUUGUUCCCCCGCAACAACCAACGUCAGGAAGCCUGA